GCGGCGGCAGCAGCAGUGUCACUCAGCACGGCAACGACUCGCAAAAAAACUAAGGACCUCUGUUUUUAUUUUUCUCACCUCUUUCUGUUUUUGUUUUUUUUGCAUCGCUCCCUCCUCCUCCUCCUCCUCCUCUUCCUCUUCUCCUCUCUCUCCUUCCCAUUCAGUCAUUUCUUCUCUACUUUUCAGUCCUUUCUUUCUGCCACAUUGCGCUCUUUCGGAGUGCAGCAGUAUGAGGGUACCAUGCAUCACAAAUAGGUUUUCUGUCCUUGCUCCAACUAGAGCAUGUAGCCAUAUGCUUUCUUCAUUUUCCUGCAUCUCAUUGGAAAUAAGUAGGCCAUCAGUCUUGUACCUUAAAUACAGUUUGUCAACCUCUGGGCUCACUUGUGCUUAUGAAGGGAUAUUUUAAAAAAAGUUUUGUACUUUAUUUUCUCACUGACUGUGAAGGCACCGGAAUUAAAACAAAAAUGGGGAUCGUAAUGUCCGACAUUUAAACCAGGAUGGACUUAUCGGACGUAUUGACGCCUGUAAUGGCCACGGUGCCGGCCACUUUGCCACCGAACUCUUCUCUGGAGAAUAUCAACCAGACCUUGCCUCCUUCCUCGUCGAGAUCCACUCCUCUGCCUCCUCACUCGCAGGUGGCGUCGAUGUUCAUCGUGCUGUUGGUCACGGUCAUCAUACUGGGGACUGUGGUGGGGAACGUGCUCGUCGUUGUGGCGGUUUUCACCAGCCGAGCCCUGAGGCCGCCUCAAAACCUCUUCCUGGUGUCUCUGGCUUCGGCCGACAUACUGGUGGCGACGCUGGUCAUCCCUUUCUCUUUGGCAAACGAGAUCAUGGGCUACUGGUACUUUGGAUCCACCUGGUGCUCCUUCUAUCUGGCUCUGGACGUCCUCUUCUGCACUUCCUCCAUCGUCCACCUCUGCGCCAUCAGCCUCGACCGCUACUGGUCGGUCACUAAAGCCGUCAGCUACAACCGCAAACGGACGCCCAAACGGAUUAAAGCGAUGAUCAGCAUCGUGUGGCUCAUAUCCAUCGUCAUCUCCUCGCCGCCGCUCCUCAUGACGCAGAAGGAGGACAUUUUGGGGACGGAGGAGGAGGAGGACAGUGACACACAGAGGCAGGAGUGCAAUCUCAACAACCAGACGUGGUACAUCCUCUCCUCCUGCAUUGUGUCCUUCUUCGCCCCGGGCGUCAUCAUGAUCCUCGUGUAUUGCAAGAUCUACCGCGUUGCCAAGCAGCGAGCCUCCACCGUGUUUGUGGCGAAGAACGCGGUGGAGCGGCAGCCGUCGCAGUCCGAGACCUGUUUUGAAGGCACUGCCAGGACUUGCCAAAGAAAGGCUACCGGUUGCGGUAAAUCUCAGUAUGAGCUGGAGAGCCCACGGCCCGCCAACCGACACAGCUCUUCCAACGUAGACAGCAAAAGCAGCAGCCACAGGGGGGGGGAGCUGGACGAUAUCGACUUGGAGGAGAGGAGCUGCGACGCCGACAUAAAAGCAUCCUCCUCGUUUUCCCUGGCUCUUCGCUUCCCAAGGAGAUCCGGCGGAAGUGUGAAAACAGAGGAGCGGAUGGACGCAGAGGGGCCGUCAAACCGAUUGAAGCCUCCCCCUCUUCCUCCUCCAUCGUGCGCCUCCAUAUCAUGGGCAUCAUCCGAGAACUGCUCCCACCACUACCUCAUCCCGUCUCCGGUGCCUCUCCGCAGCAGGCAGAUGUCUCUGUCCAAAAACAAAGUGGCACAGAUGAGGGAGAAGCGCUUCACGUUUGUUCUGGCGGUGGUGAUGGGGGUCUUUGUCCUGUGCUGGUUCCCUUUCUUCUUCACUUACAGUCUCCACGCCGUGUGCAGAGAGAACUGUACGAUCCCCGACACACUCUUCGACUUGUUUUUCUGGAUCGGAUACUGCAACAGCUGCCUGAACCCCAUCAUAUACACCAUCUUUAACCGAGACUUCAGGAGGGCCUUCAAGAAGAUUUUAUUUCACACUCAUAAACGAAAAUAAUGUGUGUGUGUGUGUGUGUGUGUGUGUGUGUUGGUGUGUGUGUGUGUGUGUGUGUGUGUGUGUGUGUGUGUGUGUGUGUGUGGCCUCACACCGAAACUAUGGAUUGCCGAUUCUUUCAAUAUUAAAUAAAUGAAUAAAUGCAUAAAUAAACAUGCCUAUGAAAUACAUCCUGAAAUAAAAACAUUGAGGGAAUACAUAUAUAAAUAAAUGUACAAUAUAGAAAAUGAAAAAAAAAUUUCAACGGACCUUUUUAGAUACAUUCAUGAAUGUAAAACGUGUUUUUUAUUUGUUGAACUAUAUCGACUAAUUUAUAUAUUUAUACAUUUCUUUGCACAUAUGUUUCUAUAUUGCCUCAUUUAUUUCAGGAUGUAUUUCAUGGGCAUAUUUAUUUAUGUAUUUAUUUAUUAAUUUAUUUAAUAUUGAAUAAAAAUGGUGUUCCAUAUGAAACAGACACACAAUAAAACACAAAUGUGGAUGCACACAGUUUUAAUCCUGUUUUCCACUGUGCUGUCAUACUGACA